GGGACGCGGGCGCGGCGCGAAUUUCUUCUUCUCCGAUCUUCCCGGAAUGUCUCCCUCCCCGACCCACGAUCUUUUUUUCUUCGUCGAAGAGGAGGAGGUCCGUGACGGGAUACUUAGCAAUCAUCCCAAGAGGAAGACAUGGCACAAUCUUUUGAAGAGUCCGCUUCAUCAGAUUUACUAUGGAGACACCUUCGCGAUCAUCAUGGAAUCCACAAGCCAGACUCACCGCAACGUCGAGCGUUGCUAGCAGACCCAUCGUUCACUGUCCCCGCGAAAAUAACCGAUAACCCGUCCACCCCAACCGAGUCAAAAAUUGCACCCGGUCUGUAUAACGAUGUCGCAAUUGAGCACUCCGGUCGGGGAAUCCAGCUCACGGUUCACGAGCAACAAUGCCUGGUCAGCUUAUGUAGAGAUAUGAUGGACCAUUACGAACUGGGACACUACCCCAAAAGUUUCUGGAUCAGAAUUUCGGCAGCACUACAGGAGCAAACUGGUCGCCGGUAUUCAUGGCAGUCAUGUCGACGACGCAUUGCUGGUUAUAUUACCAAACGCAAGACAUACUGGGCUUCUUACAAAGUGAACAAUCUUCCGGAUUGUGACAUGCACAGUGACAUUGCAUACGACGUCGACUCAUGGAUGGGAUCUUGCGAUAGGAAGAUGGGUCGACCUGUGCGUCACGAAGUCGCUCUGAAAGCGGCUGAGAAACCAGAGGAAGCCCCGCCACUUCGGGUAUCAGUCCAGCAAUUGAUCAAGUAUACUCGGGUCUCGCAAUGGGUCGAAAGCCUCCCGCCACCGUCGGAGAUGGAGCCUUUACCAACGAAAUUUGGCAUUCCUUCAUCGACCUGGUGCCUUCCCUUUUCCGGCCACCAAUCUUUGAGCCAUUCUCAAUCUCCGUCUCAAUCACCUGUACUUAACGGGAUCUCUAUGUACCGUCAGCGGGCCGGCGCUCCUCAUGGCAUUCAUCUCGCGCCAUCUAAUACUCCAUCUCACAGGGGCCAACCUACCGAACAGCAGAAUAUCUCUGGAAACCAGGAUAAGGGGGUCUCUACGGAAGCGCACGGGCCGUCGCCAUACACUAAUGGGCCGGUACAAACCUUAAAUCCUGUGCUCGAAGCAUCUGGCAAUAUUCAGACCAAUAACAAACGACCUCGUGACGAUGAUGACAACAACAAUGCAGCCCUUGACCGACCUGCUCGCCGUCUCCGUCAAGAAGAGCCCAGCUACCCUUCAGCCACCUUGUCUCCGAACCAGGAAGACACAGUAAACGGCUUGAGAGCCAUCGAUAUCUCCGUCGAGAAUACGUUCAGCAAACUCUGGGAGCGAGUGGCACCACUCUUCAAGGACCCUGCUGUAACCCAAAAUCCAACGGCGGUGAAAUCCGAAUCUAUCAUGCGGGACCUAUUCGGCGAAAUUGGAACGGCUCUUACUAAAGCCUUCUCGAGAAUGCGAGAAGACAUUGAUGAACCUGAAAAGAUUUGAAAGAUAUAUGCAAUUUGUUUUUCUUUGGCGUACUCAGCGGUUCAGUUCUCAUCUUCAUGCAUUUCCUUUGGAUGCUAGUCGUCUUCUCGAUUUUUUCUUCUCUUAUUACUGCACAGUUUGGGCGGCAUUGCAUGCAUGAUAUAUACCUUUUAUUUUUAUUUUUUUUUCUCUCUUUUACCUUUCUUGAUUAUCACCUCAUCUUUACCCUUAGUAGCGUUGUCAUCACACAUCAGAUUGCAUUAGACUGCCUGA